AUUUUACUGAUGAAACACAGCUGUGGAAAGAGAUAUAAAAAGAGAUACAAUGGAACUUCAGCCAACAAGGAUUUUAAGUGAAACAUCUGAAGAAAUACUCGUAUGAUUUAGAUCAUGAAAGGCAAGGGAAAAGGAAAAGACUCAACAGAUUCAAAAGAAUGUCCUCUUCAGUUUCCAGAUUUCACCCCCACUGAACAUACAAGAGUUUGCCCUCGUUUUACAGCUGUACUUCAAAGGACAGAAGAAAUUGGUGUUGGUUUAGAAGAUAUUGAUGCUCUACAGUUGGAAAUUGAGACAUUGUUAGUCUCUGUCACUAAACGACAAAAGCAGUUAGACCAGGAGAUGAAAGUACUCAUAAGUUGGCAAGAGAAGAAAACUCCUGGAAAAUUGCAACCUGAAAGCACUGGGAAGAGAAGCCGACCUGAUGAAGGAAAGCCUACAAAAAGGUUUAAAGAUGCUAGUGGGAAAGCUCAUCCUCUCACUGGUGGAGGAAGACCAAAAAAAAACUUUCAAUCUCAGGCCAAAUUUCAAGAGUACGAGUUCAGUGACUCUCCUGUUGAAUUGUCAAGACUUCCAAAAAAUGAUGCUCCAAAUCGGUUCUGGGCAUCUAUUGAGCCAUAUUGUGCUGAAGUGACUCAAGAUAAUAUCAAGGUAUUAGAAGAUUUAAUUAAGACCCAUGAAGAAGAUGCAGAGUAUUACAAAAUUCCAACUCUGGGGAAACAUUACUCACUGAAAUGGGCUCAAGAAGAUAUGGUUGAAGAACAGAAGGAAGGAGCUAAAACUAAUGACAAGCGCCGUGGACUCAGCAACAAUAGCUCACUCAAUUCCACAGAUGCAGAAAAGAUACUAAAGAAAGUGGAUAAAGAGUACGAGUCAGAUGACACUUCUCCAUUUGGAGCGCUCACACAACGUCUUGUGUCAUGCUUGAUCGAGGAGAACUUAAUGGCAUCCUUAGAAGAUUCUAUGGUAGAUACAGACAGCAAAGACAACAUAGAUGACUCAUCCAGCCCUAACCCUGGUAAAGGUGGGUUUAUACGAUCACUAAAUAUUGGUAACACAACCCAACUGGAGAAAAGAAUAAGGCAGGAAUUAAAAGAGCAGGGAAUUCUUGAGCUCGAUGAUGUUACAACAGAAAACCCUGAAGAUGAGGUUCUUGCUGAGUUACGCAAGUGUCAAGCAGAAUUAAAAUCUGUCACCACCCAAAAUAUUUUACAUGCAAAGCAUUUACUCCACCAGGCAAAGGAAGAGAUGAAAAAACAAGAGCUACGGAAGAAAUUACUGAUAAUUGAUACAGAGGUAAUGGAAGUAUACAAAAAAAUGGCAAGUGCUCGUCAGAAGAAAAAAAUACCAACGAAGAAAGAAAAAGAUCAGGCUUGGAAAGUACUAAAAGAACGAGAAAAUGUACUGAAACAGCUAGAUAGUUAAAGAGAAAGUAAAUGUGAAUGAGGAAAAACAUCUAGUGAAGUGCAGUUUUACUUACAUGAAAAUAAAAUAGGUCAUGUUGCAGCUCACUGUUGGCAUUUGUCAUUUCCCUUUUUUGAUAUACAUUUAUCCGAGAAGAAAAAUUUCCUGUGAGUUGUUAAAUAUUUGUCAGAGAAGUAAAAGCUGAAUUGCAAACCUA